AGCUCGGGCGCAGGCAGAGGUCGCCGGGCCGAACCUUCUGCCCCCACGGGCUUGGAGUUGGGGGUCGCGCCUCUCGCCGUGCUGCCCGGGCCGCAGCUCCGCGCCCUCCGCCCUGUUUGUACCCCCGUGUGGGUUCCUGUCCCGCCGCUGCGUCCCCUUCCCGAGCUCGGGGUAGUGAGACAUCCUUUUAGAACCUGCGUGGUUUUGCUUCAGCAGCCGCGGCGACUUGUAACUAGUUAACUAAUUCAACAAACGGACCCCUGUGUGUGUCAGAAACUGCAAGGAGUUGCUAGCCCAGUGGGGCAGGCGGACUGGAAGACCAGGGAAGUCCAGGCCCAGGGCAGUGUGAUACUGCCCUCUGUAACCAUGAAACUCCAGGUGUCCAUGUUGCUGGUGGCCUGGUUUGGUGUCCUGAACUGUGUGCAGGCUGAAUUCUUCACUUCUAUUGGGCACAUGACAGACCUGAUUUAUGCAGAGAAGGACCUGGUGCAGUCCCUAAAGGAAUACAUCCUGGUGGAGGAAGCCAAGCUCUCCAAGAUUAAGAGCUGGGCCAGCAAAAUGGAAGCCCUGACCAGCCAGUCGGCUGCUGACCCUGAGGGCUACCUGGCCCACCCUGUGAAUGCCUAUAAACUGGUGAAGCGGCUGAACACAGACUGGCCUGUGCUGGAGGACCUUGUCCUGCAGGACUCGGCUGCAGGUUUUAUUGCCAACCUGUCAGUGCAGCGACAGUUCUUCCCUACUGAUGAGGAUGAAGCGGGAGCCGCCAAGGCCUUGAUGAGACUUCAGGACACGUACAAACUGGACCCAGACACGAUUUCCAGAGGGGAUCUUCCAGGAACCAAGUACCAGGCAAUGCUGAGUGUGGACGACUGCUUUGGCAUGGGCCGCUCAGCUUACAAUGAAGGGGACUAUUACCACACGGUGCUGUGGAUGGAGCAGGUGCUGAAGCAGCUCGAUGCUGGGGAGGAGGCUACCACAUCCAAGGCCCAGGUGUUGGACUACCUGAGCUACGCAGUCUUCCAGUUGGGCGACCUGCACCGUGCCCUGGAGCUCACCCGCCGCCUGCUCUCCCUUGACCCAAGCCAUGAACGAGCUGGAGGGAAUCUGCGCUACUUUGAACGGUUGUUGGAGGAAGAAAGAGAAAAAAUGUUAUCCAAUCACACAGAGGCUGGGCCUUCCACCCCAGGAAACAUCUAUGAGAGGCCUGUGGAUUACCUGCCUGAGCGGGAUGUCUACGAGAGCCUCUGUCGUGGGGAGGGUGUCAAACUGACACCCCGAAGGCAGAAGAGGCUUUUCUGUAGGUACCACCAUGGCAACAGGACGCCACAGCUGCUUAUCGCCCCCUUCAAAGAAGAGGAUGAGUGGGACAGCCCGCACAUCGUCAGGUACUAUGAUGUCAUGUCCGACGAGGAAAUCGAGAGGAUCAAGGAGAUUGCAAAACCCAAACUUGCACGAGCCACUGUUCGUGAUCCCAAGACUGGUGUCCUCACUGUCGCCAGCUACAGGGUCUCCAAAAGCUCCUGGCUGGAGGAGGACGACGACCCUGUGGUGGCUCGGGUGAAUCGUAGGAUGCAGCACAUCACAGGGCUGACAGUAAAGACUGCAGAAUUGUUGCAGGUCGCUAAUUAUGGAAUGGGAGGACAGUACGAGCCGCAUUUUGACUUCUCCAGGAAGGAUGAACAAGAUGCUUUCAAGCGUUUAGGGACGGGGAAUCGUGUGGCCACGUUCUUAAACUACAUGAGUGACGUGGAAGCUGGUGGUGCCACCGUCUUUCCUGAUCUGGGGGCUGCAAUUUGGCCUAAGAAGGGCACAGCCGUAUUCUGGUACAACCUCUUGCGGAGCGGGGAAGGUGACUACCGAACGAGGCAUGCGGCCUGCCCUGUGCUUGUGGGCUGCAAGUGGGUUUCCAAUAAGUGGUUCCAUGAACGAGGACAGGAGUUCUUGAGGCCAUGUGGAUCAACAGAAGUUGACUGACAUCCUUUUCUGCCCUUCCCCUUCCUGGCCCCAUAGCCCGUAUUGUCUUCAAGUUCAACAUGACAGACCUCCCUGUGUGCUCCAGCCCUUGUCACAUGGGUCUUUGGAGGCAUGAAUGUGUUUCUGGAGCAGAGAGUGGACUGGGGAAGGUCCUGAGUGACAUGGGUCCAGUCUCUCCGGUCAGUCUGUGCUCUCUCUGGUCCAGGGGUAGUGUUGGAGUGGCUGCAGCAGAGUCAGGCUGUCUAGCACCCAGUAAGGUGCUUUUGUACCUCAGAUGCUUUAGGUGUGAGAUAUUUCAAUGAACCAAAGUUCUGAUACCUUGUUUACAUGUUUGUUUUUAUGGAAUUUCUAUUAAUGUGGCUUUAACCAAAAAAUAAAUUGUCCCUGCCAGAAGCCUUAA